AUGUCGGAAAGUAAGUCUCAUGGCGACUUUGAUGAUGAAGAGACUCUCAGUGUACAGUUUAAAAAGGCAGAAAAUGUUAUAAAUGAUAUUGGGAGUGGUCGGUUUUCUGCUACUGAGUUACAGACUCGGCAAUCUCAGACUGUAACAUCCUUUGAGAACCUCACUCGUGCCGUGUCUGCACUUGGCUUGUUUUCCGACAAUGAAGAGGUAGAAGAUAUGCCGACAUCUUCUAUUCCGUUUCUUCUAAUACCCUGCUACCUUGGUGUCGCUCAUCACAACACCACAACAGAGCCUAGUCAUCGCGCCGAUCAGUUGCAACUAGCCAAGGUUUAUUACCGCGAUUUCUUGAAAAGGCUUCGCAGUUAUGGCUUCGAAUUCGAACGUGACUUCUCUUCUUGCUCAGGAAGGACCAGAGAGAAAGUGCAUGAUGCCUCCCGUUGGAAUAAAGAAGUUCACGGGGGAGGAGCUACGAGAGCGAAAGAUAGCUCGGUACCGAAAGCAGAAAGAAUUGAAGAACACAAUGAUUGA